AUGGACACCAAAUCACCAACGCCACGGGAUGCGGAGGCCGGGAACGAUGCCUUUGUCAUGAGCCCUCCCCUCGAGAACCAUGCCCUCUCCAUGCGAAGCCACAAUAUCCUCAUCCUCAUCGUCAGCAACACUCCAGUGCUUAGAUGGGAAAGAGUCGACGGAGAAAGCAGAGAAGACGGAGGAAUGGGCCACCGGGGCUUGGGAUUUUGGAGGUGCUUUACUGGCCUUUGUAUUCCUAUUCUUCUCUCGGCAUUCGAGGGUAGCGUGGUUAGUACGGCGCUUCCGACAAUAUCACGAUCCCUUAACCUUGGCCCAAACUCAUCCUGGGUGGCAACCGCUUUUCUCUUGGCCUCGAUUAUUUUCCAGCCAUUGUUUGGGCAGCUCGCCGACAUCUGGGGACGGAGACAUUUAAUGAUGAUAGCAGUCGUGAUCUUCGGUGCCGGGAGCGCCAUCGCAGGUUAUGCCAACAACUGCGCGGUGUUGGUAUUCGGACGCAUCAUCCAGGGGAUAGGUUCAGGGGGGAUUGACCUCUUUGCCGAGCUGAUUCUCUGUGACAUCAUUCCCCUGAAGAAAAGAGGGCAUUACGUGGCCAUCAAAGCCGCCGUUUAUGCUUUGGGGACCACCGUCGGGCCGCUCUUGGGUGGAGUGUUCGCCCAGACAAAUUGGCGAUGGUGUUUUGGCGUCAAUUUACCCAUCUGCAUCAUCGCGCUUGUUCUAAUGUGGUUCUGGCUCCAGCUCAGCAGCGGACACUCAUGGAAGGGGCUCACAGCGCUCCAGCAGAUCGGCCAGGUCGAUUUUGUGGGAAUCAGCCUCCUCACAACCGCCGUCGUCUUGAUUCUUUGCGCUUUGAGCCUGGCCGGUACCGUGUACUCAUGGUCUCAUCCAACCAUCGUGGCAUCGCUAGCAGGCGGUUUCGCCGGCACCGUGGCGUUUAUUUUUUGGCAACGAUCUCGGCGAUGCGCACGCCCCAUCAUGGCGCCGCAUGUCUUUUCCAACCGAACAACGAUCGCAGCUCUGGCCAUCACUGCUCUCCAUGGCUUCAUCACGUACGGGUUUCAGUUUUAUCUGCCACCUUUUUUUCAGGCAGUGCUCGGGGCAUCGCCGUCGCAAUCCGGCCUUCUCAUCCUUCCAUGCAGCCUCGCCGUCGUCAUUCUUGCAUCCGUUGGAGGGCCGUUGCUCGCUCGGUUCGGGAAGUACCGCUUGAUGCACUUGGUGGGCUUCGUGCUUAUGAUCGCCGGAAUACUACCUUGCAUAACGUUCGAGAAGUCUCGGUCUGUGGGUCUGUGGAUCUUUAUGUCACUGUUAGUUGGGAUCGGCUCAGGGGUCAUCGUCUCCACAACCCUCCCGACCGUGCUCGUUGAGCUCACGGACAAGGAAAAUGCGGCUGCGACUGGUUCGUGGGCAUUUCUGCGUGGGCUUGGAUCCCUGCUUGGUGUUGCCCUUCCCAACUCACGUUUUUAA